AGUGACGAUGAACUGGUGACUAUAUCAGUCAGAGAUUUGAAUAGGCAACUUAAAUUACGUGGUUUAUCAAGGGAAGAAAUAGUACGUAUGAAACAACGUAGACGUACGUUAAAGAACAGAGGAUAUGCAGCCAGUUGCCGCAUUAAGAGAAUUGAACAGAAGGAUGAGUUAGAGUCAGAGAAGUCACAGGAAUACCGGGAUAUGGAAACUAUGCAAGAUGACAAUAACCGCAUGAGAGAGGAAGUAGAGUCUUGGCACUCAAAAUACCAAGCAUUGAAGAAAUUUGCAGCAGAGAAGAAGAUUCACAUUCCACCAGAAUUGGAAACUAUUUAAAAUAGAUCACAAUGCUUGAUGCACUGGGAA